AUGAGUCGUUUUUUUGCUACUGGAUCAGAUUCUGAAUCUGAUAGUGCCUCUGAGGAGGAGCAGGUUCAACGAGCACCAACUACAGCUUUCACCGUAAGUAACAGCACUAUAAUCUUUCAUAUUCAGUUACAAAGAAAUUUCACUGUGAUAUAAAAUAUUUUUAGUUCAGCGAUGAAGAAGAAGAGACUAAGAGAGUUGUACGAUCGACCAAAGAGAAGAGAUAUGAAGAAAUUGCUAAUCUCAUCAAACUUAUAAGAAAUUACAAAAAGAUCAAAGACAUGAGCAGCAUGUUGUCCAGUUUUGAGGAUUUGAUGCGUGCAUAUCAAAAGGCAUUGCCUGUAAUAGCGAAAGAGGAAGGUGGCCAGACGCCACGUUUUUAUAUCAGAUGUUUAGUCGAAAUGGAAGACUUUAUUAACGAAGUGUGGGAAGAUCGCGAGGGUCGUAAAAACAUGUCGAAAAAUAAUUCGAAAUCGUUGACUUCAUUGCGUCAGAAGCUUCGUAAGUAUAACAAAGAUUUCGAGGAAGAUAUAGUAAAAUUCAGAGAGAAUCCAGAUCAGGAUGAUGAUGAAGAGGAAGAAAAACAAAAGUAUGGCUGAUGGAGAAGAAGGUAGUGAAAGCGAAUCUGAUUGGGGCAGUUCUUCAGAUAGCGAGAGUACAAGUAGCGAGGAUGAAGGCCAAUAUCAAAACAUACGUGAUAGAUUUAUCAAAAAGGUGACAGAUAAAGAGGAAGAAGAAGAUAAGGCAAAACGAAAAGAACAGCGGAAAGAGCGGAAAGAGAAGGAACGGAAAAAGAAGAAGGACGAAGAUGAUGAGGAAGGUGAAUGGGAAACGGUGAAAGGCGGAGUAGCCAUCCCAUCUGAAAAGCCGAAAAUGUUCGCGAAGGACGCAGAAAUUAACGUGGCCGCUGUCUUAAAGAAACUUUCCGAGAUCAUUGCGGCUCGCGGCAAAAAACGUACUGAUCGGAGGGAACAAAUUGAACUCUUACAUGAACUGCAAUCUAUAGCCGAUACCCAUAAUCUCGGGCCAGCAGUAGCUGUUAAGAUAAAAUUUUCCAUUGUAUCUUCCAUUUUCGAUUACAAUCCGAAAGUAUCUGAUGCAAUGAAACCCGAAUAUUGGUCAAAAAUACUAGAACGUAUCACGGAAAUGCUCGACAUGCUUUUGAACACAAAAGAUAUGGUUAUCGCGGAGGUAGUGUCUGAGGAUGCAGAAGAGUAUGAAACGUCUCCAUACAAAAUACAUGGAUGUGUAUUGACAUUAGUAGAACGUUUGGAUGAAGAAUUCACAAAGUUAUUAAAGGAAUGCGAUCCACAUAGUAAUGAAUACGUGGAGAGGUUGAAAGAUGAAAAACAAGUAUCCACAAUAAUAGAUAAAGUUCAAGAAUAUUUAGAGAGACAAGGAUCUGUUUCUGAGCUUUGCCGCGUGUAUCUACGUAAAAUUGAACAUUUGUAUUAUAAAUUCGAUCCAAAUGUUCUCAAACAGAAAGAAGGAGAACUUGGACCAGACGUUGCAACAUCUGUCCAGGUUAUGGAGAAACUUUGUAAAUACGUUUAUGCUCAUGAUGGGACAGACAGGCUUAGAACACGUGCGAUUCUUUCUCAUGUCUAUCAUCACGCCCUUCACGAUAAUUGGUUCCAAGCGCGCGAUCUCAUUCUAAUGUCUCACUUGCAAGAAACUAUUCAACAUUCCGAUCCAGCCACACAAAUUUUGUAUAACAGAACCAUCGCUCAUCUGGGUCUGUGUGCAUUCCGUCACGCGAAUAUUAAAGACGCACACAACUGUUUAGUUGAUUUAAUGGUGACUGGUAAGGUAAAAGAGCUCUUGGCCCAAGGUCUUCUUCCUCAGAGACAACAUGAGCGCAGCAAAGAACAAGAAAAGAUAGAAAAACAGAGGCAGAUGCCAUUCCAUAUGCACAUUAAUUUGGAACUUCUGGAGUGUGUUUAUUUAGUUUCCGCCAUGCUCAUUGAAAUUCCAUAUAUGGCUGCACAUGAAUUUGACGCAAGGAGAAGAAUGAUCUCUAAAACAUUUUAUCAACAAUUGAGAUCUAGUGAACGUCAAUCUUUGGUUGGGCCUCCAGAAUCUAUGAGAGAGCACGUUGUCGCGGCGGCGAAAGCGAUGCGCAAUGGCAAUUGGUUGGCAUGCAAUAAUUUUAUUAUUAAUGAAAAGAUGAAUGCCAAAGUGUGGGAUCUGUUUUAUCAAGCGGACAAAGUUCGUGACAUGCUUACGAGAUUGAUCAAAGAAGAAGCCUUAAGAACGUAUCUCUUUACAUAUUCCCAUGUCUAUGAUUCGAUCUCUAUGCCAAAGUUGGCGGAGAUGUUUCAACUGAAGCGACCUGUUGUUCAUUCCAUUAUUAGUAAAAUGAUCAUUAACGAAGAACUCAUGGCGUCUUUAGAUGAUCCAACAGAAACAGUUGUGAUGCAUCGUAGCGAACCAAGUCGCUUGCAAUCGCUGGCGUUACAGCUUACAGACAAAGUAAACAAUUUUGUAGACUCAAAUGAACGUAUUUUCGAAAUGAAACAAGGAAACUUCUUCUCGAGAGGAAAUCAAGGAAACUUCCGCGAUAGACAGAAUUACAAUCGACAAGGACAAGAUUGGGGACGUCAAAGACGCGACCGUGAUCGAGAUCGUAAUCGAGAAGAAAAUCGAAAUUAUUAA